GAACUACAAGUUCCAGGAACCAGCGCGAGCCUUUGGCGGGAGAUUUGCCAUUGUUAGGCGGCCUGGUGGUGCUUUCGGUGGCAACUGACUGAGGUCCAGUCCGCUCUACCUCCGGCUCCCCACUGGCUGAACCAGGUCAGUGGGUAAGAAUUAAAGAACUGUCUCCUGCUUGCACCGAACCAAAGUGGUCCAUACCUUGCCAAGUAUUCCUAAGCACUCCAACGGUCAUGAAAGUGGAAAAGUGUCAAAGCAUGGGUUCACGGAUCCAGGGUCAAGCACGUUUGCAAGACCUCUGAGCGGUGGCAAGCCUAGCAGCUAGAAGGACUCAAGCUGAAACUUUGCCGCACUCCAGCUUCCCCUGCUGACCUGUUCUCCUAAAUGGACUAGACACACGUUGAAUACGCUUGGUUUGCUGUUUUCUUGAUUUGCUGCUGCUGGUUUCCCUGCAAGUUCCUGGGACAAAGAAGAGAUGGCGUCCACCUUUACUUUGGCUCAACAACUUGUCUUAAUGUUUUUGAUCCUAGGGACUCAGCCUCAGCGACUUACUGUGUUCCAUUCAUUUAAUGAAGAAAUGGAAACAAAAAUAGACAUUCCCUCGGUUAAAAAAAAUCUUUUUAUAGAUUUAGCUGAGAGAAUUGUAUCCUCCCUCAAUGUAACCAACUGCUAUGUUUGUGGAGGAACCAAUAUGGGAGAAGAGUGGCCAUGGGAGGCUCAGGAAGUAAACCUGACCACUCUAUAUCAAAUGAACCUCACCUGGUCUUCUGUGGACCGGCCCCGUGAGUGGAAUCUGAAAACCUCCAUCAUUGGUAACACUUGCUUUCAAAGGACUAACUCACAACUUUUUACAAUCCCCUUGGGGGACUUGGUCUGUCAAAAUGUAUUAGCCGCCAAUGACAGUACCACCUGGUGGUCAGGAACGAAUGGAAGUCGCCCUGAUAACCCAUUUUCUUCUUAUAAGCAGUUGUCCUCCAUCUGGGACCGCCUACAUGAUGCGUCCUUGUCCUGGCCAGUCCCAGAUGGAUUAUUUUGGAUUUGUGGAAAAAAGGCCUACGUGUCCCUCCCAGAGAAGUGGAGCGGGACUUGUGCCUUGGGCACUAUCAAUCCCAGUUUCUUCCUUUUACCCAUUGCUCAGGUAGAGAGACCUGGUGUCCAAGUGUAUGACGAGAUAGGUCAAAGACAAAAAAGAUCCCUACAGAUUACCAGCCAGAAGACUUGGGUGAGUGAUGACUGGUCUACAGAGAAAAGUAUCAAGGUAUAUGGCCCAGCAACCUUGGCAGAAGAUGGAAUGUAUGGCUAUAGAACCCCAAUCUAUCCCCCAAACCACUUGAUUCGUCUUCAAGCUGAUGUUGAAACUGUUACCAAUGCUAUGAGCACAGCCCCUGAACUGCUUUCUAAGUCUAACACCCAAAUCCCUACUGCUGCUUACCAGAAACGUCUCGUCUCAGACUAUUUGCUUGCUCAAGAAGGUGGUGUUUGCAGGAAAUGCAACCCUGGCAACUGCUGCAUACAAAUUGAUGAGAUUAGUAAAACUAUAAAGGAGAUCACUGACGGAAUAAGGAAUCUUACACACGUCCCAGUGCAGACUUGGAAUGGGGCAGUUGACUUCAACUUGUUUGGCGGUAUCUUCUCUGGUUGGAAAAGGAUUGGGUUUCUAGUGCUGUUAGCUUUGGAGGUCUCCUUCUCUUCUCCUGUUUGAUUGCACUGAUCCAGCGUGUGGUCUGGUCCACCAUCACUGGGAUGACAGUCAUAGCCUCAUCAGUAUCCGCUCACUCCUGAGAAACCAGCAAAGGUCAUGGUCCUCCAGACCACCUCCAAAGAGUUCAUCCCCCUGGUCAAUCAUAGACAGGCAGCAUCCUGUCCUGAAGUAAAGGGAAGAACGAAGUGAUAUUAGUUAUAUAGUUAUUAGUAUAGUUUAACUCCUACUAUCUUGCUCCUUGCUUUCUCGCCCGUUUCUUGCUUCUUCGCUGACACCUUGCUCAAUAGAUAAGAAGGGAAGAUAUUGAGCCUUGCUCAAUAGAUAAAAAGGGCAGAGCACAGAACUACCCACAGUUGACUCAAAAUAGAUGAGGACACGAACGCACAAGCCUACAAGGAAUGCUGUAUGGAUGGGUAACAAACUUGUCUCUGAUUGGCUACAUGAAUGCCUAAGAUGUUCAUCACACUCUCUCAGUUGUGGCUCUUCCUUGCAUGCUUGUUGCUUGUAUGCAGUGGAACUGUCCACCCAGCUAUUUUGCUUUAUUAAAUAAAAGCUGUUAUUUUUUCCAAGCCUCUGCUUGAGUCUCUUGGAACUUUGAU